UUGUACCUUCUAUUGUUCUGCAUUAUAAUCAAUCCAGUCCUUUUUGACUACUUUACAUACCUUUUUAGAACUCCUAUUUUAUAACUUUGUGGUGCCCUCUUGGACAGAUCUCUUUUGGAAAAUACGUUUUUAAUCUAAUUGACAUUUUAUACUUGGAUAAAUAAGGCAUAUGAAAUAGUUACUUUGCCAAAAAACCUAUUGCAGCUUCUACCUUUUGAUAGGAAUGUUCUUUCUGGCUCAGAAUGACUUGAUAUAAUUCAUGAGACAUAUGUUGGACAGAUUAUAGGCCAACAAAUCAUUUACAACACUUUAAAUACUCACAGUCUUUUUUUUUUUAAUACUAGAAAUCACUUUUUGGCAUGUCACCGUUUUAAUGAGACAAUUUCAAGCUGGUGAAUGUGUAACAGCCUAAUUAGGGCAAGUGUGAUGGAUUGUCUGUUCAAGUGUGUCAUUGUGUAGCUACAUUAAUUGUUUUCAAUUUGACAGGCAGUAAAGUGGGAGACCACAACCACAGAGCUGUCAUGCGUGACUGUUAACAUCCACGCUGUUAAACAUAUCCCCAUAUGCACCGCAGGCUCUUCUCUGCUUUGUCCCAAAGAGAGCACCAGCAGCUCUGCUUGCCUUUUGGUUGGUGGCAGAGCAGGAACAUGUGGUCAUGCAACGGCCAAUGCCGAGGCCUGAGCAGGCAAUCGGCGCUGUCAGAGCAGCAGCAGCAGCAGUGCUGGCACUGGAAAGGAACUCUGCAGAAAGAAACCCAUCUAAAAGAGACAGAGACAGGGAAAGAGGGAGGGGGGGUGGAUUUGAUUACAGACUGGAGGAUGAGGAUGCAGUGGAAAUGGCAUGUUGUAGAGGAAGAAAGAAGAAAACAAACAAGAGGACAGGCUGUUUGAUCAAGGUCUAAAGAUGUAGGAGCUGCAUCCGAGGAAGCAGGCAGUCAGUGUGUCUGUGAACGCACCAUCACAUCAGGGGACUUGUUGUGGUUCAAGGAUAGUGAAGGUGGAGAGGCGCAACCUGAGAAGUCCCCUCCCGCCACUUUCACAGAGGAUGACAGAUUAAUCCUUAUUCAGCAAGGAGCGAAGAAUCACCCCGAGGAUCAGAUGUUGUCCACGGCUCAGCAGAUGCUUCAGGAUAGCCGCUCUAAGAUUGAGCUGAUCCGACUGCAGAUUAUCAAAGUCGCCCAGGCUGGCAGCAGCAGCAGCAGCGGUGUUGAUGGUGGUGGAAACCCUAACAGCUCCACUCAUGGAGGUCAGAGUGCUGGGACAAGGAUAUCUCCCCCUGCUGCGAGUCUCGUGGAUGCUCGCUUGGUAGAGUUGCAGCACUAUGUGCAGAGGGAGUCAGAUGCAUUGGUGCUGGCCAAAGAUGUGGUGAAGGAGCUUGAAGGGAUCUCAUCGUUGGACCAGAAGGCCCUGGCUGAGGCUCAGUUCCGGGUACAGGAAUCCUCCCAGAAACUGGGUCUUCUGCAACUUUCCCUGGAGAAAUGCCUGAAGGAAAAAAACCAGGAGCCUCUACAGCAGCCUGCAGGAGGGGGACCUCUUUCUACCCAAAACCCCACUACUGGGUGUCCCCUUUCUACCUCGCCAUCCGUCCUCUCCAUCAGACCUGCCUCCUUAACCGGCAAACUUGAAGUCCGGCUUCUUGGAUGUGAGGAUUUACUGAAACCUCUGGCAGAUUCAGAGCGAGAAGACCAUCCAAACCCCACAGAGACGCCAGCUGCUCACAAACCAGACGGACCUCCAGAGAUCAGUGGCGUGCUCAGGCUGGACGGCAGAGUGGUCGGCCGGACGCGCUGGGCAGCCAUCAGCAGGCUGAGCUGGGACCAGACGUUCUACAUCCAGCUGGAGCGGUCCCGGGAGCUGGAGGUCAGUGUCUUCUGGCGGGACCGGAGGGCGAUGUGUGCAGUCAAGUUCCUGCGACUGGAGGAGAUGAUGGACAACCCAAUCACCAACCAGGGGAUAACUUUAGAGCCACAGGGCCUCCUCUACACUAAGCUUCGGUUUAUUGACACUGUGCUCGAACGGCAGCCAAAGCUGAGACGUCAGCGGUGCAUCUUCACUAAAGAGAGAGGGAAGAACUUUCUCAGAGCAGCCCAGAUGAACAUGAACUUUGCCACCUGGGGUCAUCUGAUGAUGAGCAUCCUCCCUCGCUACAGCUCCUUCACCACAUUCAGCUCAUCUUUCUCUGCGACCCCUGACCUGGUGGCCAACAACGCGCCCCAUGCAACUGAAAAGGAGCCUCAAACUACCACUUCACUGCCAAGCGAAGCUCCAGUAAUCAGGCUGAGCAUCACUGAGGAUCAGCCCUCUCCCACCAUCCUGGACCAGGAAGAAAACACAGCUGGCAUCAUCAGUGCAGUGCACCGAACAUCAUCUGUGCCCGCACUGCAAGAAAAACUGUCCUCCAUAGAAGAAAGCGAAGAUCAGCCUGUGUCUGCUCUAAAGAUGCAGGUGGAAGAUUUUAAAUAUAUCUCAGUUCUUGGCAGAGGACACUUUGGGAAGGUCCUGCUGGCAGAGUUUAAGAAGACCGGAAAAUUGUACGCCGUCAAAGCUUUGAAGAAAAGAGACAUUGUGACUCGUGAUGAAGUGGACAGUCUUAUGAGCGAGAAGAGGAUCUUUGAGAUGAUCAACGCGUCCAGGCACCCGUUCCUCGUCAACCUCCACGGCUGCUUCCAGACCAGCGACCAUGUCUGCUUCGUCAUGGAGUAUUUACCCGGUGGUGACCUCAUGAUCCACAUCCACAAUGAUGUGUUUACCGAGGCUCAGACCAGGUUUUACUCAGCAUGUGUCCUGCUUGGUUUAGAGUUUCUGCAUCUGAAUAAAAUCAUCUAUCGAGAUCUGAAGCUGGACAACCUGUUAAUGGAUGCAGAUGGAUUUGUGAAAAUCACAGACUUUGGACUUUGUAAAGAAGGGAUGGGACACGGCGAUCGGACCUCAACUUUCUGUGGGACUCCUGAGUUUCUUGCUCCUGAAGUCCUGACAGACGACAACUAUACGCGAGCAGUGGAUUGGUGGGGGAUGGGCGUCCUCAUCUACGAAAUGCUUGUUGGAGAGUCUCCAUUCCCUGGUGAAGAUGAGGAGGAGGUGUUUGACAGCAUCGUUAAUGAUGACGUGCAGUAUCCAACCUGCAUUCCUCCUGAUGCUGUCUCCAUCAUCCAGAAGCUGCUGAAGAAGAAUCCACUGAAAAGGCUCGGAGCUGGAGAGAGGGACGCAAACGAGGUCAAAGGAGAGAAAUUCUUUGAGACCAUCGACUGGGAAGCCCUGCUAGCGAAGAAAGUAACGCCGCCCUUCCUGCCGUCGAUCAAGGAGCCCACUGAUGUCAGCAACUUCGACAGCGAGUUCACUCGACUCCAGCCAACCCUGUCGCCUCCCUCCAAGCCCUUCAGCCUCUCCGCCGAGCAGCAGGAAGCGUUCGCGGACUUUGACUUUUGCGCCUUGCAUGGGUGAAAAUUAAACUGACACGACCGCAGGGGUAAAUUACAACCAGAAUGUCCAAGUUAGUGUCCGCACUGGCAGGUAACCCACAUUUAUCAUAACCACAACCCUCCUAUGGCAAGCUACUUUAUUUAUAUAUUUUUAGAUGAAAAGCAAGAACAAUGACAGGACUUUUAUAUUUUUAUAUUUUGGUCUGCUGUUGUGUUAGUUGAUUGGUUAAUCAGCCAAUCAUUAAAACUGAUCAGUUUUGAGUCCUUUAAAGAGUACAGAAGUGAAACAUUUGCAGAUUAUAACUACAGCUGUGAGGAUUACAUUCCUUUUACCAUUUAAUUUCAAUCCCUUUUUAAGGCCUGACUUUAGACUUGUGAUUGCCAGUGGCCUGUGAUUGAUACCUUUUGACAGCUUAGAGAUUGUAAAUAAAAACUACAAAAAAACGAAUAAGUAGGUUAAAGGAAUAGUUCAAUAUUUUGAGAAAUAAGUGCAGAGGCUCAGACAGUGAUAUCAGUCGAUUUUGAGACUCUGCACUUUACAGAUUUGCACUUUAUUUUACGCCGGACUGAUGAGACUUAACGAGAUGGCAGUAAGUUCAAAUCGUUCCCUGUGAGUCCCAAGGCUUCCAUUUGUCAUCCAUUCUGUUCAAAUCUUCUUUGGAUUGAAUUUUAAGGCAUGCACAAAGGGAGGAGGGUGUAAGCAUAUCAGUCUCAGGAUCAUGUCUCUGCUUUUAGUCCAUGAUAUGGCCCCUCUGGCUUCAUCAGGUGAUGAUCUCCAGCUUGCUCCUAGAGCUGAAAAUUAGACCUUAGUUUUGCGGGUUGAAAUGCCCCAAGUGGACUUUUUUGUUUGUCUGGGAAUUAUUCACGAGUGGAGUGUGUGCAGCAAUGCAGAUACUGUACCGGUUUGUUGUGGUUGAGCUACGGCUCACCUAUGGCCACGAGCUCUGUGUAGUGACUGAAAGAAUGAGAUCACAGAUACAAGCAGCUCAAAUGAGCUACUUUCAAAGGGUGUCUGGGCUCAGCCUUAGAUAUACAGUGAGGAGUUUAGUCAUUCAGGAGCAGCUUAGAGUAGAGCCAUUACUCCUCCACAUGGAAAGGAGCCAGGUGAGGUGGUUUGGGAAUCUGACCAGGAUGCUUCUUCAACACAUCCUAGUUGAGGUAUUUUAGGAAUGUCUAACUAGGAGGAGACCCUGGAGCAGACCCAGGACAGGCUGGAGGGAUUAAAUCGCUUGGCUGGCUUAGGACUUGCCUUGGUGUCCCCCCAGAAGAUCUAAAGGAAAAGGUUUAGACUGCUGGCUGGCUGGCUGGCUGGCUGGCUGGCUGGCUGGCUGGCUGGAUGGA